CACAUAUUGCUGCCGGUCUAUGAUGACGAUUGCCCGUGGAUAUGGAAUGGGAAAGUACGGUCUGCUGGUGAGGAGCAAUAGGUUGCUUACAUCAUGUAGGUGCCUUGAGUGAGUGCAAUUGGACGAAAGGAGAAAGCGGGGAGUUCAAACGACUGUCAUGACGAGCCUACACGUAUAUAGCAGACAGUGCUCUCUUCUUCUCCCAAAGCAAUCAUGAGAAUCAUUUUCACCAGAGCACUCUGUGCAGUAAGACCAAGAAGACCAAUAACAACAACCACCAUCACACUUCCUUCACUGAUCCAAACCUCCCAACGCAUCCUCACACAACCUUAUACAACAACCAACGUCAAGAGCAACCACCCCCAGAACAAAAACAAAACCAACAACAAGAUGUCCGGCCACGGUUUCUCCAACGCUGAUACCGGCAACAAGCCGGCCGACCCCUACAAGCAGGCCAACCUCGACACCGACGUGCCUCUGGAUCAGAAGAUCAGGGACCUCUCUGGCUUCAUGACCAGCAACAAGUUCAGCAUGAUGACCACUCGUGAUUCCAAGACGGGAUAUCUCCUCUCCCGCUGCAUGGCGCUGGCCGCUACUGAAUCCGGUGGCAUCGACCUCCUCUUCCACACCAACACCGAGUCCGGCAAGACGGACGACCUCAAGUCGGACGAGCACAUCAACAUCUCGUUCCUCAACAGCACGACGGGCGACUGGGCCUCGGUCAGCGGCACCGCCAGCAUCGUCACGGACCGUGACCUGGUCCGCAAGCACUACAGCCCUCAGCUCAAGGCCUGGUUGGGCGACUUGGGCGACGGCGUCCACGACGGCGGCCCGGAGGACCCGCGCAUCGCCGUCAUUCGCGUCAAGAUGGUUACCGCUCACUAUGCUAUUUCGACCAAGAACAUUGUCGGCAAGGUGGCGGAUGUGGCGCAGGGCGCUAUUACGGGGAAGCCGGCGUCGGUGAACAAGUUGCGGGAGAUUAGCGAGCAGGAGGUUCGGUCUUGGAGGUCGUCGCACUAAGUUGUCGAAUUGUAGUGGGAUUCGAUGAUUUAUGAGUUGAUGAUAAUAAUGAAUGUGCCUAGCUAGCUUCAUAGUUAGAAAGACGAGAUGACAACAGGCUG